AUGGGCGAAUCAAAGGCGCUCGCCCAUGAUUCAACACGAGAGUUGUCCGAGGAUGAAGAUACUAGUCCCAGAGGUCAUGACGGACUAUGGAUUCAAUUUCUGACAUGGGCACGGUGGUAUCCAAAAGAGAUGAAUCAUUUAGAAAAGCGACUGGUCCUGAAACUGGAUGUCCUGAUCCUGACGUUCGGGUGCCUUUCUUUCUUCACGAAAUACCUGGACCAGCAGGCCAUUACAAAUGCUUACGUGUCGGGAAUGAAAGAAGACAUUGGACUCGUUGGUAACGAGCUAAAUUACAUCACAGCCGCAUUCUGGGCAGCAUAUUGUACAUCCAUGAUCCCUGCAUGCUACUAUCUGACCCGAAGCCGAAUCAAUAUCAUUUUGCCUACGUUGGAAGCCGGUUGGGGUCUAUUCACGUUUGGAUGUGCCUGGGCGCAAAAUCCGGGCACUAUCUACGCGAUGCGGGUUCUCAUCGGCAUCUGCGAAUCAUGCUCCUUUACCGGCGUGAUCUAUGUCAUUGGGUCGUGGUAUAAGCCCGAAGAAAUCGGUCGUCGGGUGUCUCUGUUCUUCAUCGCAUCGCCUUUGGGAACCAUGUUCGCUGGAUAUCUUCAGGCCGCGGCGUAUACAAAUCUGAAUAAUACACAUGGAUUAGCCCGGUGGAGGUAUUCAUCUAUCAGCUUCCUGGGAUAUCUAGCAUUCCUAGAUGUCCCGCACCGUCCAAAACCCCGGUUUCUAACACAUAAAGAGCACGAACUUGCCAAUUCCCGCCUCGUAGGCCUCACAACUCCCAGCCAACUUAAAGUCUCCCGCGACAUAUUUAGGCGCGUUCUUGGCCGCUGGCAUUGGUACGUCUUCGUUGCGCAGUGGAUCCUCGUUGACCAGAACUUUCUGGCUUCGUCCACGCCGUUCAGUUUGUACCUCAAAGCAAAGCCGGACAUCUAUUCUGUCACGAGAAUCAAUACACUCCCGACAAUUGCAACGGCUGUUUCUAUUGUAGCAGCCUUGAUCGCAGGGACUGUGGCCGACAAGAAGAGGAAUUUCUGGCUUCCUUCUAUUAUCACUACGAUUCCAGUUCUGUUGGGCCUUGUUUUGCUUGUAAUUUGGAAUGUAGGGGAGGCUGGACGACUAGCGGGCUUUAUUCUUACCGGCGCUGAGGGUGCAAUGAGCCCUCUCACAAUGAGCUGGGCAACCAUAACGAUGGCCAAUGAUGCCGAAGAGCGUGCAAUCGUGACAGCCAGCAUGAACGCUAUCGGUCAAGCUAUGUCCGCUUGGACGCAACUACUGCAGUACCCAGCAGUGGAAGCCCCGAACUUCAGGAGAGGUUUUAUCUCGAAUCUGGCAACAACCGUGGCGCAGUUGGCGGUGGUUGCCGUUAUGCUUUUGCUCACUCGUCGAGAUGCUCGAAGGACGAGAGGGUCAAAUUUAUCGGCAAUAUAG